UAGAAGAUAGCAAAGAAGAAAAAGGGCAACUUAUUGUUAUUCAUCAAUGGCUGCACUAUCUUCAAUCCCUUCAUCAAUCUCUUGUGCCAAAAAUUCCAUAUCAAAGAAAAGAAUUAUCAUCACAAAUGCAACCAAACCCACAAAUUUUAUUAACAUGUCUUUAGAUAUGAAGUCAGAUGAUGAUAAAUUAACCGCCAAAAUUCCCCCCCAAAACGACGUCGUCGCAGCAAUUCCGAUCACUCUCCAGCCAUGCAACAACGAUACGGCCACGGCCAAGCUGUACGCAGUGUGGGAGGCCGUGGCCGACAGGGUCGAAAUGCACGCGAAUAUCGGCGAGCAGCGCCGCAACUGGAACUCGCUUCUAUUGAACUCCAUCAACAUGAUGACCCUCACAGCCACCGCCAUGGCCGGCCUCUCCGCCGCCGCCGCGCAUGCGCCGGUUCUCCCCCUGAAGGUGUCCUCCGCCGCGCUGUUCGCGGCGGCCGCGGCGAUGACGGCGGCGGUGAACAAGCUCCAACCCUCGCAGCUCGCGGAAGAGCAGCGCAACGCCACCAGAUUGUUCAAGCAACUGCACGAAGAGAUCCAAACCGCGCUCAUCCUAACCGAUCUCGUCACCGAAACCGACGUCGCAAGCGCGAUGGAGAGGGUCCUAGCUCUCGACAGAGCGUACCCUCUCCCCCUGAUCGGUGCGAUGCUGGAGAAGUUCCCGGCCGAGCUAGAGGCGGCCGUGUGGUGGCCGCCGCUGAAAAAGUCCGAAAACGGAGGAUGGUGCGAGGAGGAGAUGAGGGAGAUUGUUAGGGUUUUGAAGGAAAACGAUAAACAGGAAUAUCUCAAGUUAGGCAACACGGCUCUCAAAUUGAACAAGAUGUUGGCGGUUUUAGGGCCGGUGUUUGCCGGUUUGGCGGCGGUUGGAUCGGCUUUUUCGGAUUCUUCUUCUGGCGUUGGAGCGUUGGCCUUAGCUGUUGCGGUUGGCGGGGGCGCCUUGGCUACGGUAGUGAAUAGUGUGGAGCACGGAGGACAGGUGGGGAUGGUGGUGGAGAUGUAUAGGAAUUGUGCUGGAUUUUUUCAGAAUAUGGAGGAAUCUAUUGAAUCCGCCAUUGGAGAGGAAGGAGUUGAGGGCAGUGAAGACGGUGAGUUGAUGGAAAUGAAGGUUUCGUUGAAGUUGGGGAGGAGUGUGUCGCAGCUCAAAGAUUUGGCUUCAUCUCGGCAACAUGGAACUGACAUCGAUGAAUUUGCGAGCAAAUUAUUAUGAUAUUUUUGUGAAAGUAGUAAUUUUUUUUUUCAAGAUU